AUGCACUUCUGGAUCUUUCUGCUGCUGGCUGCCUGCAACAGCAGAGAGCUUGACGCCCCGGCAUGUCUCGAGGAAGACUGCCAGGAUGAUGGCACCGCCUUGCUGCAGGCAGUGACGGGGAGCUCUGCAAGUGCAGCUGCUCGGGCAGAGCCUCAAAAGAAGGACGUGCCCGCAGCGGAGGAAGGCUCCCGUCCGACGCAGCCAGCAGCGGAUACCUCUUUGGAAGUGACAGAGACAAAGUGCCAGAUCUUCACAUUUUGGGAUUACAAGUCGGGUCCGCCGCUGUCUGUGGCCUUGAAUGUGGAAGGUUGGCGUCGCCACGCGCAUCCGCGUUGCGGAGACCCGGUCCUCAUCAGCGACGACAAUGUGCUGACCUACAUCCCGGACAUGCCAGAAGAGUAUUUCCGAAUGCCAUACUCGCAGGCCAAAGCUGACCUCGUCAGGUAUGCCGUGUUAUACCAUCACGGCGGCAUCUACAUGGACACGGACAUCUUAGUCGUUCAGGAUUUGGAUGCAGUUGUAGAUCUGAUCCAAUCUUAUGACCUGCUGUCCUACACGGAUGCAGCCGCCUGGUUUUUGCAGGGGUUCGAGCAUUCAGGGUUUGAGGUGUGA